CCAGUCUCAAUCUGACGCAAAGAUUCCCGACAUUUCCACACGUGCAAAGGCCGAGGGAAGGAAAAAACAUCAAAAAUGUUCUCAGCAUCAAGGUUAUCGACAAAAAGUUUGAAAAAAACCUUCGGGUCUCAACAAGCAAGAAUGAUCACACAAUUAUGCAGAAAGAUAUUGGCCGGAGAAGUCAAAUCAAGCAAUGGAAUUUACCUCCUCCCAACUAAAAGAUACAAGUCAGAUAAGGUUAAAGGUGCUGUCAUUGGUAUUGAUUUGGGAACAACAAAUUCCUGCGUUGCUGUCAUGGAAGGCAAGGUGGGAAAGGUACUUGAAAACUCAGAGGGUGCCAGAACAACACCUUCUGUAGUUGCAUUUACCAAGGAGGGAGAGAGACUGGUUGGUAUGCCAGCUAAAAGACAAGCUGUCACAAACCCAGAAAACACAUUUCAUGCAACCAAGCGUUUGAUUGGUAGACGCUUCGAGGACAAAGAAGUAAAAAAGGACAUGGAAACAGUACCAUAUAAAAUUAUAAGAGCAAACAAUGGAGAUGCAUGGGUAGAAGCUCACGGUAAAGCCUACUCUCCCAGCCAGAUUGGAGCUUUUGUGUUAAUGAAAAUGAAAGAAACUGCAGAAAACUACCUUGGCCAGUCAGCAAAAAAUGCAGUUGUUACAGUACCUGCCUAUUUUAAUGAUUCACAAAGACAAGCAACGAAAGAUGCUGGUCAGAUUGCUGGACUGAAUGUGUUGAGAGUGAUCAAUGAACCUACAGCAGCUGCCCUUGCCUAUGGAAUGGACAAAAUUGGAGAUAAAGUAAUAGCAGUGUAUGAUUUAGGAGGUGGAACAUUUGAUAUUUCCGUGUUAGAGAUACAGAAAGGUGUGUUUGAAGUGAAGUCAACAAAUGGAGAUACUUUCUUGGGUGGUGAAGAUUUCGAUAACAAAUUAGUUAGCUUUUUAGCUGCAGAAUUCAAAAAAGAUCAAGGAAUAGAUGUAACAAAGGACAAUAUGGCAAUGCAGAGAUUGAGGGAAGCUGCUGAGAAGGCCAAGAUAGAACUUUCUUCAUCUUUACAGACUGAUAUUAACUUGCCAUACCUAACAUUGGAUGCUAGUGGACCUAAACACAUGAACCUUAAGUUGACGAGAGCAAAGUUUGAAUCCCUUGUACAGGAUCUGGUCAAGCGUACCAUUGGACCAUGUGAAAAGGCAAUGCAAGAUGCAGAAGUGAAAAAGUCAGAAAUAGGGGAGGUCCUUCUUGUAGGAGGAAUGACAAGAAUGCCAAAGGUACAACAGUUGGUGCAAGAGGUGUUUGGUAAGGCUCCAGGUAAAUCUGUCAACCCUGAUGAAGCUGUAGCCAUGGGAGCAGCAAUUCAGGGUGGAGUGUUGGCUGGAGAUGUCACAGAUGUAUUAUUGUUAGAUGUUACACCAUUGUCCCUGGGUAUUGUCACGCUUGGAGGUGUUAUGACCAAACUUAUCCAGAGAAAUACUACUAUUCCAACUAAAAAAAGCCAGAUGUUCUCCACAGCUGCAGAUGGACAGACUUCAGUAGAUAUCCAAGUUUACCAAGGAGAAAGAGAAAUGGCUGCCGACAACAAGCUUUUAGGACAGUUCCACCUGGUUGGUAUUCCUCCAGCACCUCGUGGUGUACCACAGAUUGAGGUUACCUUUGAUAUUGAUGCUAACGGUAUUGUGAAUGUGUCUGCCAGAGAUAAGGGAACAGGAAAGGAACAACAGAUUGUGAUCCAGUCAUCUGGAGGAUUGUCCAAGGAUGAUAUUGAGAACAUGGUCAGAAAUGCUGAGGCUCACGCCGCAGAGGAUGCUAAGAAAAGGGAGACUAUUGAAACUGUGAACCAGGCAGAGAGCAAUAUUCACCAAGUUGAGAGUAAAAUGGACGAGUUCAAGGACCAACUACCAGCUGAUGAGAUUGAGAAGUUGACAACACUAAUUGCUGAGGUCCGCCAGAUGUUGGCAAACAAGGACAACGAGACUCCAGAGACAAUUAAACAGAAAUGUGAUGAAUUACAGAAAGCUUCCCUGUCUUUGUUUGAAAAGGCAUACAAGAAGAUGGCAGCUGAUCGUGAAGGAUCGAGUGGUUCAAGUGAGUCGAGUGAUUCAAGUGACCAGAGUCAAGACCAAGAUAAAAAGGAGGAGAAAAACUGAUGUAAUACCAACUAAAUGUUAUCAAUUGUCAAUAAUAUGAAAGAAUGUGAAUAUAAAACCUUUAAAAAACCAAUCUCGGUAUUUAUAGUAGAACCGCCGAGAUGAGAAAGCAAGAGACGACACUUUUUUGUUAACAAUUAUGUUGAUUAAUUCAUUUAUUGGAUGUUAUUUGCUUUGAAUUUGUUCACUUGUUCUAAAAUUUGUGGGAAGAUGUUAGGUUUGACCUGUGAAUCAUCAAAAGAAGCAUUUGAUUCGAGUGUGAAUGUAUUUUGUGUAGAUAAAUGAAUCAUGUUAAAAGUGUUAAUUUAACCAUAUUAAAAAGAGUAUAAAAUAUCUGCAUAUUGAGUGAAAUAGGGUAAUAGUAAAAUGUUGUCAACCAUUUACAGGGGGAGGGGUGGGGGUGUAGUGCUUUGCAUGAAUGGGGGUUAUGAGCAAAGUUCAUUUGAACAAUUUGUAUUGGUCAUUUUAUCAUGUUGCAUCUGUAAAUAUGUCAUACCAUGUUGUAGAUAGUUGAGCAAUCAAUCGUAAUAUAAUUAUACUAAAAUUGGGCAUUAUUUAUAUCCAGUAAGAUAGAGGGAAAAUUACUUCUUGUGUAAAAAUUAUAGAUCUAGAAAAUAAUAUAACUUGGUCUUGCCAUUCUUUGUUCAGAGAAUUCUGACAAGUAUAAGACAACUUUCUGAUUUGCUGGAUAGGGAUAAUGUCAUUUAUUAUAGGCUUUCAUUUAUACAAUUUAACGGCAACAUUUCUUUUUCGUACAUCAUGAACUUUUAUGGUCUAUGUCAGUUAUACACAAACUGAAUAUUCAUAAGAUAAAUGUUAAGUGAUAUUUUCGUUUUCUGUUCCUUAGUACUUAUUAGAUCAGAUGUAAACAGUGUGAAGUCAAGUGAAUAAAAAAUCUUUACUCUAG